GAAGGCAUCAGUCGUCAGAUUUUAACAGGAUUAUCUCUUUCCAACUUUGUCUCGUUUCGGUUAAAAAGUCGAAAUAUGUAUAUGAAAGAGUUGUUUACCGCAAUUUUGUUUGUGGUUUUAGCAUUUAAACCGGUGAAAAGUGCUGUUAGCCAAGACCAAUUGGAAAAGAUGGCCAAGGCUUUGAGAAACUCGUGUUUGCAAAAAAUUGACACCACCGAAGAGCUAGUCGCUGGAAUAAGGAGAGGAGAAUUUCCAGACGAUGACAAUCUCGCGUGUUACACAAAUUGCAUCAUGAAAGCAAUGCGUAGCUUCAAAAACGGGAAUAUCGAUUUUAAUAUGAUAACGAAACAACUGGAUGCAAUGAUGACACCAGAAGCCGCGACUCGAAUAAAGGAAGCCAUAAUAAAAUGUAAAUCGGAAGAAUACGACACCGACCCAUGCAAAAUGACCUACGGAUACGUGAAAUGCACUUACGCAGCGGAUCCGGAAGUAUUCUUUUUCCCUUAAAAGACCAAAGUACACACGAGCCGACAGACCCAAAAACAAUUACUCAUCGAAUGGGGAAAACUAACUGAUACCGUAGAUUCAUAUCAUUUAUGUUAUAUAACAAACACCAUAAGACGACAC